AUGUUUCACAAAAUCGACCCACAUUUGAAUGGUCAUAAUAAUGUAGAUGGUGGUGAUGUAGAUGAUGUAAAUAAUGGUAAUGUAAAUGAUGGCGAUGUAGAUGAUGGUGACGUAGAUAUUGGUGGCGUAGAUGAUGGCAAUGUAGAUGAUGAUGAUGGUGAUGUACAUGAUGGUGAUAUAGAUGUUGCUGUAGUAGAUGAUGGUAAUGUAGAUAAUGGCGAUGUAAAUGAUGGUCAGGUAGAUGACGAUGAUGUAGAUUAUGAUGAUGUGGAUGGUGGCGAUGUAAAUGAUGGUGAUGUAUAUGAUGGUGAUGAAGAUGAUGCCGAUGUAGGUGAUGGUGAUGUAGAUGAUGGCGAUGUAGAUGAUGUAGAUGCUUAUGAUGGUGAUGUACAUGAUGGUGAUAUAGAUGUUGCUGUAGUAGAUGAUGGUAAUGUAGAUAAUGGCGAUGUAAAUGAUGGUCAGGUAGAUGACGAUGAUGUAGAUUAUGAUGAUGUGGAUGGUGGCGAUGUAAAUGAUGGUGAUGUAUAUGAUGGUGAUGAAGAUGAUGCCGAUGUAGGUGAUGAUGUAGAUGAUGUAGAUGAUGGUGCUGUAAAUGGUGGCUAUGUAGAUAAUGGCGAUGUAGAUGAUGGUGAUGUAGAUUAUAGUGGUAUAAAUGAUGGUGGUGUUGAUGUAGAUGAUGUAGAUGUUGGCGAUGUGGAUGAUAGUAAUGUAGAUGAUGUAGAUAGGUUAGGCGGGUUCAGCACCGGAAGUGGGGCAGAUUCGGCCAGUCCAUCGAGUUCGUCGCCCGGGUUCAGCGGCUUCUUGUGGUCAUUGCCGUUGUGCAAAAGACGCGUGGGUGUUGGCGUGCAAGAAGUGUCAUGGCGGCACGGGGGCGGUUACCUGUGUAGGCUGAGGGCAGGUGUUAGGCCGUUAGGAACAAGAUGGCGGCGGUCUGCGUGGAAGGUGAUUGGUUGUUGGGGAUAA